CAAAUGACGGAGUGGAAAAUGCAAUUGCCAGCGCAGCCGGCGCAGCGAAAACAGGUUGAACUCGUCGGAAGAAUCCAGGAAUGUCCUUCAAGGAUGUGCGAGAUCUGGGGGAACAUCUCAAGCUGCUGGGCUUUCCACGGGUAUUUCCCCUACAGUCCCUGGCCAAUCCGCAUGGCAGCCUGGCCAGUUUCCACAUAGUGGCCGAGCUGCUCCAGUGGCUGGCUGGUCUGAUGGAGCCGGGCGCCACUUUGCCCGGCGGCGUGGACUCGGAGGAGCAGCGGGUGCUACUCGUUCGCUCGGCCACCGAGUUUUUCGUGACCAAGGCGGCCAUCCGUUUGAAUCCCCGGAAGCUGUAUGCCGCUGCUGCGGUCACCGCGGCGGAACUGCAAAAGAUAACCCGACUCCUGACAGCCCCUGGACAGAGCGAGGCGGAUGGCGACGAGGAGGAGCAGAGGGAUCAGUACAGGAGCCUGAAUCCCGUGGACAUUGGCGAUAAGAUGGAGGAGCUGCGCAAGGCCCGGGAACUGGCCGCUGAUUUGACCCAGCGCGGCACCACCAUAUACGAGCUGCUCUCCAAGGAGCUGCUCAACAAGGAGGCGCGUCUGUCCCAAGCCCAGCGACCUCUGGAACUGCUCAGUGUGGAGCGGACCCUGAAGAACGCCAUCCAGGCCAGCCAGGUGCGCCUGCAGUCCAGUCGAGCCCAACUGGAGGCGGCCAAGGUGGAGCUGAAUGCCCUCGGCUCCAAGUUGCAACGCCGCCGGGCGGAGCUGGAGAGGACUCGCCAACGAUUGGAGGCACUGCAUCGCAUUCGACCUGCCCACAUGGCCGAGUUCGAGGACUGCGAGAAGGAAUUGCAGCAGCUCUUCCAGCGCUAUUUCCUGCGGCUCCAUGUGCGGGAUGCCCUCAAAUCGCAAUUGGAGCUGCGUACCAAGCGGGCCACGCCCAUUGCCUCACCGGUUCUGCAGAAGCCGGCCGAGAGUUCCAUGCCCUUCAUCCCGGAGGGACUCAUCGAGGACGAUGACGACGACGACGAGGACGACGAGGAGGAUCUGGAUGACGAGGCCGAGGACGAUGGCGGCGAUGCGGUCUCCGGCCUCGAUAUGGUGGUCAAUGGACGCAGUGUCUUCGGCCUGGACUCGGAGAUACCGGACAUUCGGGACGAGGAUAAGCUGAUGCAGCAGGGUACCGGGCACCUCAGCUCGGCACAGGGAAAGCGUCCUGGCACCGCCACCUCCAGGAUGAGACCCACCACGGGCAGGAGCAGGAAGGGAGCCGCAGGAAAAGGGGCAGCAGGACCAGAUGGAGCAGGUGGCGAUGCCAGAGCAGCUCGAGGAUCCCGAAGAGGAGGAGGAGGAGCAGCUGGAGGAGGAGCAAGUGGCGCCCAUCGAAAUGGCCGCAAUGGACCCGGCAGCAGUAUGCUCAACUCACGGGACGAUGACAGCAGCUUCGGGAGCUCCGAAAGUGAACUGGAUGUGGGCGAGAUCAUGGGCAUGAGUGGGCUGAGCGGGAUGAGCGCCAUCAGCGGGAUGAGUGGGAUGAGCAACAUUGCCUUGGGAGCCGCCGAUGACGAUUUUGAUCUCAACUCCAUCGACGACAUUAGCAUUUCAAAGUUAACUGGGGAACUGCCGCUGCGACCGAAGACGGCCAAUAAGGCGGAGCACCACAGCGAUGAGGAUUUCUAGGGUUAACCAAUCAUUUUCUACGGAUUUUAUAGACACGUCAAAAAGGGCAUUCAGGUCAUCACAAAUAAAGAAA